AUGGGUGGUUCUAUGUCUGUUAUUGUACCAGGAAUAUACGUCGGCGGUCUUUCAAGCGCGAAAUCGGAAGCGCAAUUAGACGAAAAUCACAUAACGCAUAUAUGUUCGGCCUUGCAUUACCCACUGACGGUGGUAUGUCCAUCUUGGCCAGACUAACAAGAGUAAGGACCAGAAACGGAUCCAUAAGCAGUUCCUUGUCCGGGAUUCUCCUGACGAAGACCUCUCAAAGUAUUUUCUCACGGCGGCUGCUUUCAUACACAGUGGCCGGGUUUCGGAUGGUUCUGUUCUCAUCCAUUGGUGCGUUUAUAAGCCGUUAUUAUAAUAACCACUUUUCGACAGCGAUUUGCUGUCGCCUCGGUAUGAAAUUGCUACAGCUGUUUUCAUGAUUCUUCUUCCGUGGUAACCCAUAUUUUCGUUUUCUCCCAACUCAGAGGUGUUUUUGAAUUGCAAGUUCGAGGUAUCUCAAACAGACACUUGUCUGUUAAUCACCUAUGGUCCUUGGUAGCAAAACAGAAAGUAAAGACUACUGCGGUGACGAAUGCUAAGGUCAUCGCCAGUAGUCCUUCAUAAUCUAAAACCCAGUGCGAAUUUAAGUCAGUUUGACUGCUCAUCAAACUCAUGCACGUCCCAGACCUAUUGCUGAUAGCCUGCGGCCGUCGGGAGGGGAAUCUUCGUCCCUUACUCCGCUGUCUACAAGCACUACUCCGUGUAGAUGAAGGUAUAUCGUUAAGUCAUUCAAUUCCACCAUUUACCUUUCGCCGGUUGUCUGACCUCGUUUGGUCGUCUCAUGAGCUCCAUCUUAUUUAUUCUAGCAAGCCAAACAGAUCGAUGUUUGCCAGUUAUUGUGCCACUUCACAUUUUGUUUUCCUAUUUCUUUACGAAUCACCCACUACGAUUGCACAGCUAUAAACAAACAUGGAGGUCGUAGUUUCGACACCUCGAUUGCCGUUAGCUGCUUUGGCCUGCCUUUUAGGCAUUUAAAAAAGAAGGCAGGGACCCUUCUCAUAUCUACUGGUUGUUAAUUCAAAAAGGGUGUGAACUGCAUCAUAGUUGGACUCAACUCCUGUCGCGACAUUUCAAUCGUUAGAAGUGCCCGCGCACUAGGCAUUCAUCCGGUCAUCCCCCGUUGAUGGUGACUCCCGAACUUGUAUAGCGAGCGAAAACCGGGGGUUUGUCUGAGAAUGACCUUUCCAGUGCAGCACACCGGUUUUAUCUACUGCGGGAAAGCUCAUACUCAUUGCCGGGUCUCGUCGAAUGGGCCGCGACCUGCGAGUUGGCGUCCUUUCUCCGUACCGUUGCCGCGUGUUCGGCCAUUCGCGUUCGGAGCAGUCUUCCAGUUUCGCUGACGUAGUUGCUUUGUCCGCAACGCAAAUACUGAACUUCAACAGUAACCGCCCAAUCAGCCACAAACGCAGUUGCGUAAGAACGCUAUAUCGGCGUGUUGAGACGCACUGCACUGAACCGGAAGACAAGGUUGCCGAAUCCCAAUAUCUUCGACGGAUUUUCAGAGAAAAUGGUUACCCGCGCAACUUCGUCGGCCGGUGUAUGCGCAAACGAGACUAGAGACAGAACCGUGCCGACCUCAAAUUCUGGCGAGCGAUCCCGUACAUCAAGAACGUCUCCGAGGCCGUUAGCCGCCUUCUUGCACCACUUGGGGUUAGAGUUGCACAUAGAGCGGAGGUUACCAUGAGGCGUCAGGUAAUGAGACCAAAAGACCUACUGCCACGGCAGGAAAUAUCUGGAGUCGUUUACCGGAUCUAGUGCGGUAGCGGACAAAGCAACUUCGUCAGCGAAACUGGAAGACUACUCCGAACGCGAAUGGCCGAACACGCGGCAACGGUACGGAGAAAGGACGCCAACUCGCAGGUCGCGGCCCAUUCGACGAGACCCGGCCACACAUUCAAGUUCGAUGAGGCCGAAAUUUUCGCAAGAGGGGAUGAUCGCGUGAGCAGCGAGUCGCUUGAGUCAUGGUUUAUGGGACCUCAGUCUAUCAAAAAGUGCAACGACAUCCCCACUCCAUACUCCGUGCUGAGGCAUAGGCUGGCCAAGAUAAUUGACCACUCGGGGAGCGCGCAAGCCAGAUGACCGAGCAAUCAUCACGCCAGCAUCCAACACGGAUGAUGACAUUUCGGCAAUUAACAAAUUGCAUGCCGGCCAUCAAGCAAUUAGCGCACCAGCGGGCAGCCACUCUUGACGAAGGGGAGCGCGGUUAAUUGCUAUAGGUAUGCGGUAGCAUUGCGACUGCGUCCUAUAGAUACUGCGACUUCCUGUGCGCGAGUCACCCUUUUCUGCCACUGUCUCUGAUAAGGGAUUAAAGUGAGAUUCCGAAACGUCAGGCGAAUAAAGCCCUUGUUCCAGCGAUCGCUUCUUCUAUUGAUACAUCAUAUGGUUGGGGGCAGACAGGUCGAAGACCACCACAGGUAUAUCACCUACAAGUACGUUUAGUAAGGUGUCCUCUUCUUUCCUUGGGCAAAAAUGAUGUAAUUUCAGGUUACCUCUGUGCUAAAGCCUAGUGCUAUGAUUCGUUAGACUUUUCAAAUGUUUGCCUCGCAUUUUUUCCACUUCCUUCCUUGUUUUUCUCAUUCUUGUUUCUUGUUAUUUCCCUAGCGCUUGUGGAAUUUCCCGCAGCGUCUCUUUGACCAUUGCCUAUCUGCUUUGUAUCACCGACUUCAGUCUAAGUGAUCUCUACAAGGCUCUGCGGGCUGCUCGCAUGGGAGCUUGUCCUAACACAGGAUUCCUGGUAUGAGAUCUUUCUUUGCUCUCACUUUGUUUGGUCUUCCUGCUGGAGUCCCCGAAGUGUUGCCCUCAUUGUAUGAAGAGCAUUCCUUUUUGUCAUAGAGAUCGGCCAGUUUCGUUGACGUGCACUUUGUUUCAACCAUCCGUUUUAACUUGAUAUCUCCCCUCGAUGACUUAUUUCCUCUUAUUUUGCCAACGUUACAUACUUGCCUUGGAUACCGAUGGGUCUGAUUAAGUCCGUUUAAGAGUAUGCGACACCGCAAAUCAAUGCGACCCGAGCUCUACUAUUAGAAGCUUGAUUGGCAACUUUAGUCCAAUUGAUUUUUCAUUCUUGGACGCAGGGCCUUCGGGUGAACCACUCCUUUUUCGCUCUGCCGGCCUGACUUCGUUAAUUUAUUACUUCAGUUUUCUGAGAUGCCGUCGUAGGUACGUUCCGCCAACGGAAUGCUCGGCUGGACUAAGACGCAGAAUCUCCCCGCACUUUCGGUGGUUAUUUUCGCAGGUUCAUAGGCCCCACCCGUAACUCGGAGUCGCCAAAUGCGCCACAUCAAUUUUUAGCAAUGCCACCCACACUCAGGGUUCAAUCAUCGCCUGAUCACAAAGACUUAGGGAGACAAGAGAACACGUUGCUUGCUCUUUACGUGUGGUACUCGCUUCUCUGCUGUCAUUGAUCCAUUGCUGGCACAGGCGAACUAAUUCAGUAAUGUCUCGCUAUAUCGCACUUCGUCUUUCGUGACUCCUCUCUAUUGCGGAUUUUAUAUGCAGCCAUAUCUAAAUGUAUACAUCGGAUUUCUACAAGUAAUAGGCCUGCUUGAACAUAAGGGAUAUAUGCCGUAUAACUCUGUAAGAAAUGUUUACAAGAGGGCCUAAACUACGUACAAAAUAACCACAGAAGCAUGGUUUUUACCUCGCGAAUUUUCACUUUUGUGGGGGGUUCUGGGACGCCAUCCCCGUGAUCGAGGACGGGUCGCUAUGUACUCUCUUGAAUCUCCAAAUAACAUGGAGAACCAGUUCUUGAAGCUUAGUCACUGAGGCGUGCCAGCAUUUAGACGACGUUCCGCUGAUAGUCGUAAGGCUUCUUAAACCCAAGCAUUUCCAGACGCCGGCAUUGAUCACAGGCACCAGCAUUUUGUUUGCAUCCGUUGGCAAUGCCUCUACUGCAUUUGGGAGCUCCGGUUACAUAGAAUGGGCCUCGGAGAGCAUGCGCAAAGAAACAAAUGUCAACCUGGUUGAGCACCCAGUAGAACAUCACUGCGGAAGUUCUCUUCCACAGUAGUCCCAACCUUCCGGUAUUCGGUCUCACAAUGUUGCAUUCUGUCAUUCAACCCGUCUAACUACGCCAUUGCCUGGAUACUCAGAGGGGUUCUACGCAAUUUGGACGGCGUAGCCUUUGCACUCGGACGCCGUUGGUCUGGCCCCGCCUACACCGACGCGAUGGAUUCGCUUUUGUCAAGCUCUGAUGACUCACAAAGUUUAGCGUUGUGAGCUAAUGAAGUUGCCUGCUCAUUUGACUUGUUGACAAUGCUGGGAGGUCAAGGAAGCACCUGUUUGGCUUCAAAGCUGUCGGUUGGUGCCAUAAACUGUCUCGUGGAGACUUUGCUCCCAAAUGGGUGGAGUAUGGAUGACAUUGUCUUCUUCGAGAUUUUGAAAGCCUUCGGAAGUAAUUAUGUACCUGUCGUGACAUUCGCGUCGGCACAGAGAUCCACAUGUGCGGGGUGUCUUUCGGGUCAAUUUUCCUGCACAUUGUGUAUGCUGAGCUGUGUGUUUGUAAGGCAAGCGAAGGCCACUGUUGCUUGAAGUAUUGCGGCCUCUUUUCGAAUGACGGUGUCCGUACUUCCUGAAGCAUCAUCCGAAGAAUUAAGAUGACUUUGCCGUAUUCUUCGCUGCCUGUUGUAUGAGUUCGGUGUGACUGACUAAUUGAGUGCAACAAGGAAAAUGUCAGCUCGAAACCCGUCUCACCACCUUCGGCCAAGACAAAAAAGGUCGUUCUCCGACCUGUGUUCUGUCAAACUCUCCAAAUCCGUUGCCGUAGAUCGUCACACGCGUGGUUUAGUCUGCGCUUUCGUUAAAUCCAGUUAGAUCAGGCAUCUUCAGAGCCCUGCCAAGUACGGUCAUUGACCAAUUUCCCGAAUUGUUAACUGAAAUUCUGAAAUGCGUUUUCGAUUAGGAAAGAUUACUGAAGGGAGCAUAGUCUCAGAAUAUUUCAGUCACGCUAGGAUGUCGGCUGUUGAAUGCACUUAUUUUCAGGCGCCUGAGGACACCGCAUUCGGGAAAAGUGACUACUUAUGUAGCAUUAAUAUUUUCCAUUGACUUUCGAUAUAUUUAUACAUUUAAGUGUAUUAUAUAAUACACGCUCUAGUAAACCACUCCCUAUACUCAUUUGGUCGAAAAUGACGUCUUCAAAUUUCGUACUCGAAGAAAGGAUAUCCUCUGAUUUUAAAAAGAUCUUCAAUUCUUGAGUAGUUCCGAACCCGAUCUGCCGUUCCACCUGCGUUUAGAGUUUAGAGCCUUCAAACUGUAUAUUUUGCAUGCAAGGAAAGUCAUAUAUUUCUCUAUACCGUUAAGAAGACACGAUAUAGGGUUCAUGGGACUUUGCAACGAAUGUUACCUGUGCCGUAUGCUCCAUAAGGAUCCUUUAUAAAUGGAUAAAUGUGAUGCUAUUUGGAUGGUUAUUCCGCAGUCCUAAAAAGUUCCAUAAUUAUGAACCCUUUUAAAACCCAAAGUUACCUUUUUAACAUGAAAUUUAAAAGCUCAUUUGCCACCAAGUGCAAGGAGACAUAUUUUCGACAACGCUUUCUCUAAAGUCUACUUGUCUUUAUAGGGACGAUGAAAAUCGAGAGGAAAAUCACACUACUUAAGUUGCGGUUUCCACCGAUCGCGGUUUUUUCAGACAACCGAAAUAAAAUACAUUCAAAAGCCAGGACCCUGACGCGACUGGAUAUUUUGCGAUUGUGCUGCAUAAUGAUAGUAGUACAAGCCUACUUAAGUAGUCCAUUCCAUUCGGAAACACGUCUCAGAAUUUUGGUUACAAUUUCCUGAAGCCAGACACUGAUUGUACAAGUACAUGUUAGGAGCUUUUUCCCUAGUGGGCCUGAAUUCGCUAAACUAUUUACUUACGCCGGUUAGACCCUUAUGGGCUUGCUUGCUUUUUUACCCAAACUCCACACUUCCUCCGCCUUGUAGAUGCGCUCACCCCCGUCUUUACAAAGUGACUCUGUGCUUGGGGUUUUUGGAGUUCUCAUGCACUACUCAACAUUCUAAUGCAAUGCCUAUUUUGUUUGAUCAUAACCAACUCACGCAGAACAAUCACUUGAUGCUCCCUCCACUUGUUGAAAAUGAAGAAACCCAUUUCAAGCCGUAGUGUGGGGGGAGGGGGAUCCGCUGCCGUUCGUUUAGACCAAAUGCCCUCGAGAGCGUCUUUUAUGGUCCUUCGUCAGACUCCGUCCCGUAGAUUUACUUACGUAAUUUGUUCAAGCUAGUGACCACUGGAAGUGGAAAAUGGUCGAUCACGAAACAGUAGGGUGGGUGCCCUUGGAUCAGUAAAUAGCACUGCGCGCUGUCUAGGUUAACGUACUCUCCAACAAGGCACCGAGCUUGCCCAAUUUUUUUCCUACUUGUAGUAUUAGUCGUCUGAGCUAACCUUUUGUGGCUCUGUACUGCGCAACUGACUGACAUCGGAGGCCAGGUGUUGCUUUCUUUACUCAUUUUUACUCCUGUCCAAGGCUAAAAAAGUCCUUCCACCAAUCAGUAAGCCGCAAAUAUCCUCCCUAGCGUGCACUGUUCUUUCUAUCCUCUGCCAGGAUGCACCUCCAUGUUAUUUGCCUUGACGCCUUUCAGCGCCAACUGCAGCAUUUCGAGAAGACCGGUGCCCACAGGCGAGGACGGGAAUUCCUUAUUGCUCAGUUUGGCGACUGGCCUCCGGAGCGUGCUGCUCUAGAUGCCCAAGAGAUCAGCCGACUAAUUGCUAUUCAGGAUGAGUUCAUCCGCACCGGUUACUACCCGGGUGACGCGAGGGCUCCGGCAAAUCUGGAUGAUGGCGAUGCUGGAGAAGGUGCCGGUUCCACACGACCCAAACCUACCUCGUUCUUUUGCCGUCUUCCGGACAAUCUGCGCACCCUUGAGGAGGCUCUCUCCGAUUCCAGUAAACGGAAUCAUGAAGAGGACUGUCCAACCGUAGACUCUGCAGACCCCCUAUCACCCACAAAACCGUAA